AUGGCCAGCAGGCGGGAGAGAGACUGCCUCUUUGGGGAAUAUGACCAGCCCGUGAACACACCUAAAGAUAACCACACAGAGAAGAUCAGACGGCAGGUCAAAGCUUGUGCACCGAGCUUACUUGUUUUUUCGGCCUUCAUAUUUGAGACUAUUACAAAUCAAGAUCUGCCUGCGAUCAAGUGUCUUUUAAUCAAUCAUAAGAACGAUGAUUCAUCAGUGGGGAUAUCAUCACAGUAUCCCAAGCCGUCAGAAUCUCCAGAAGACCUCGGCUGUGCCUUGAGGACCAGGAGCUCAGAGAUGGUCUACGAAACAGCUGUGGAGGUAGACAUGUCUGCGUCCAUCACACUCCAAGUGCUGGUCAACACCCCAGGGGACAUUUCCUGUCUCUGGGUCUUUAAACACAGCUCUCUGAAUUGCCAACCACACUUUGAUUUGCAAAACAGAGGAGUUGUUUCCAUGUUCAUUUUGAAAAUGACAGAAACCCAAGCUGGAGAAUACCUACUUUUUAUUCAGAGCGAAGCGACCAAUUACACAGUAUUGUUUACAGUGAGUAUAAGAAAUGCCUUGCUUUACACCUUAAGGAGACCGUAUUUCAGAAAAAUGGAAGACCAAGAUGCCCUGGUGUGCGUAUCCGAGAGCAUUCCAGAACCGACUGUGGAAUGGGUGUUCUGCGACUCACAGGGCGAAAGCUGUACGGGAGAAAGCCCAGCUGUUGUUACAAAGGAGGCGAGCGUCCUCUACGAGUUAUUUGGCACAGACAUAAAGUGCUGCGCAAGCAAUGAGCUGGGGAGGGAAUGUACGAAGCUCUUCACGAUAGAUCUAAAUCAGAGUCCUCGGACCACAUCGCCGCAAUUAUUUCUUAAAGUGGGAGAACCUUUAUGGGUCAGGUGCAAAGCCGUUCACGUAAACCACAGAUUCGGGCUCAGCUGGGAGUUAGGAAAUAAAGCGCUGGACGAGGGCAGCUACUUUGAGAUGAGUACCUAUUCCACAAACAGAACUAUGAUACGGGUUCUGUUUGCUUUUGUAUCAUCAGCGGGAAGAAAUGAUGCCGGGUAUUACACUUGCCGUUCUUCCGAGCAUGCCAGCCAGUCGGCUCUGGUCACCGUCAUAGGUAAAGGAUUUAUAAAUGCUUCCAAAACAAGGGAGGAUUAUGAAAUUGACCAGUAUGAAGAGUUUUGUUUUUCUGUCAAGUUUAAAGCAUAUCCGCAAAUCAGAUGUACGUGGACCUUCUCCCGAAAAUCUUUUCCUUGUGAACAAAGUGGCCUUGACGACGGGUACAGCCUAUCUAAGUUUUGCAACCAUAAACACCAGCCAGGAGAAUACAUAUUCCAUGCGGAAAAUGAUGACGCCCAGUUCACAAAAACAUUCACGCUGAACAUAAGAAGGAAACCUCAGGUGCUAGCCGAGGCGUCAGCAAGUCAGGCUUCCUGUUCCUCGGAUGGAUACCCGUUACCGUCUUGGACCUGGAAGAAAUGCUCAGACACGUCUCCCAACUGCACGGAAGACAUCACGGAAGGCAUCUGGAAUAAAAAGGCUAACAGGAAAGUGUUCGGGCAGUGGAUCUCGAGCAGUACUCUGAACAUGACCGAGGCCGUCAAAGGGUUUCUGGUGAAGUGCUGUGCAUACAAUUCCCUGGGCACGUCCUGUGAAACGAUCCUUUUAAACUCACCAGAUCCCUUCCGUUUUCUCCGGGACAACAUCUCAUUCUACGCAACCCUAGGGCUCUGUCUCCCCUUCAUUGCCGUUUUAACCAUGCUAAUUUGUCACAAGUACAAAAAGCAAUUUAGGUAUGAAAGCCAGCUGCAAAUGGUACAGGUGACCGGUUCUUCGGAUAAUGAAUACUUCUACAUCGACUUCAGAGAAUACGAAUAUGAUCUCAAAUGGGAGUUUCCAAGAGAAAAUCUAGAAUUCGGCAAAGUGCUAGGAUCAGGAGCUUUUGGGAAAGUGAUGAACGCAACAGCUUACGGAAUUAGCAAAACAGGAGUCUCCAUUCAAGUUGCGGUCAAAAUGCUGAAAGAGAAAGCAGACAAUUCCGAAAGAGAAGCUCUCAUGUCUGAACUCAAAAUGAUGACUCAUCUGGGAAACCACGAGAAUAUUGUGAAUUUGCUGGGGGCGUGCACACAGACAGGACCCAUUUACUUGAUUUUUGAAUAUUGUUGCUAUGGUGACCUUCUCAACUAUCUAAGAAGUAAAAGAGAAAAAUUUCACAGGACGUGGACAGAGAUUUUCAAGGAGCACAAUUUCAGUUUUUAUCCUACUUUCCAGUCGCAUCCAAAUUCCAGUAUGCCCGAUUCGAGAGACGUUCAAAUACAUCAGGAUGCGGAUCACAUCUCAGGGUUCAAUGGGAAUUCAUUUCAAUCCGAAGAUGAAACGCAAUACGAAAACCAGAAAAGGCUGGAAGACGAAGACGACUUGAAUGUGCUUACGUUUGAAGAUCUUCUCUGCUUCGCUUAUCAAGUUGCCAAAGGAAUGGAAUUCCUGGAAUUUAAGUCGUGCGUCCACAGAGACCUGGCAGCCAGGAAUGUGCUCGUGACCCGUGGGAAAGUGGUGAAGAUCUGUGACUUCGGGUUGGCUCGGGAUAUCAUGAGUGACUCCAACUACGUUAUCCGGGGCAACGCCCGCCUGCCUGUGAAGUGGAUGGCUCCCGAAAGCUUAUUUGAAGGGAUCUACACAAUUAAGAGUGAUGUCUGGUCAUACGGAAUCUUACUCUGGGAGAUAUUCUCACUCGGUGUCAAUCCUUACCCAGGCAUUCCGGUGGACGCUAACUUCUACAAACUCAUUCAGAGCGGAUUCCAGAUGGAUCAGCCGUUUUAUGCUACGGAAGAAAUAUACUUUAUCAUGCAAUCCUGCUGGGCUUUUGACUCAAGGAAGCGGCCGUCCUUCCCUAACCUGACUUUGUUUUUGGGGUGUCAGCUGGCGGACGCAGAAGAAGCGAUGUAUCAGAACGUGGACGGCCAUGUUUCAGAAUGCCCUUCCGUCUACCAAAACAGGCGACCUUACAGCAGACAGGCGGAUGCAGGUCUGUCUUCCCCGCAGGCUCACGUCGAAGACUCCAGAGAAACAGUUUAGUCUUACGGACUCACCUCUCCCCGUCCGCCUACCUUCAGCAGGUUACCGAUGACCGAAACAGGUCAACUUCGUCACCAAAAGAAAGUAUACUCUCAACCACUGCUUUGCUGGGCUUGUCUCUAGAAGCUCUCUGUAUUCACUCUUGUUUUCAACGGGACUUUCGAAUCAGCCUUCGCACGAGGCAGGAAGAGUCGGUGAUUCACUCUGCAUCCGAAGGCCUUCUCAGGCUGGCUCGAGUGAAAAUUGUGUACCCGAGGUAUAGUAUAUUCUUGUAAAUACAUAAAAAAACAGAAAAGCA